AUGCCGCCCAAGAGGUCAUGUGGGAACGAGCUCUUCCUGAGCUGGGUGGAAGAGGAGAAGCAGAAGCUGUCAGACAAAGGCGUCAAGUCGGCCGAUACGUGGGGCAAGGCAGCGAAGUCCAUCGCUGCUUGCCCCGUCACGUACGAGCACCCUUCGGAACUCGUGGCGCUCAGGGGAGUCGGACCAAAGAUCGUCGACUUCCUCACGAAGAAACUGAGGAUACACUGCGAUGAGAAUGGCUUGGAGGAACCCGAGACACCAAGGAAGAACAAGGGCAAGGCAAAGGCCACGGCCAAGGGCAAGGGCAAGGCCAAAGCUCGAUCUGUCUCGCCCGAAGGCGAUGACUCCCCAUCCAAAACACCAGCCGCCGCCCCGAAAGCGAAAGCUCCGGCCAAGAAGUUGUCGUACAUCCCCAAACCGCGUACAGGGGGAUAUGGCCUCCUCCUGGCCUUGCUCCUAGCUAUCGACGACCCCACUCGCACGACAACUGUAUUCCUCACCAAGGUUGAGUUGAUCCCCCGCGCUCAACCAUACUGCGACGAGAGCUAUAUGGCGCCACACAAGGGCAUGAUGUUCACAGCAUGGAACAACAUGCGGACCCUGGUCGAGAAGGGGUAUGUGUAUUCUAAUGGGAACCCGAAAAAGUAUUGCUUGACCGAGGAGGGAUACGGGGUUGCCAUGACCAUACGAAAGAUGUUGCCACAAUUUGCGCAUCUCGGAGAUCACCCCUUCUUGCACGGGAGCUACCAAACCGCCACUCUCUCGGCCAGUAUGGUCGAGCCAUCUCGACCUCGGGUGGCUCCGCUUCCUAUACCAUUGAGUCGGUCCGACGCACAUCGUCCGAAUGUGCCGCAGAGUCGACCCGCCGAGGAGUCUAGGCGAGUCAGCAAUCCCGACCGGUUCCAAUUCUGGUAUAUCGACGGUACUGGCACCAGAGUUCACUCCUUGUCUUCCGCGAUGGUCCGGCUGGACCCGGACGACUUUGUCAAUAUCCGCAAACUCGAGUUCCGGUAUUCUCAGCGGAAUCAUCCAAUUACCCGGCAACUCAAGCUCGUCGAUACCGCGGCAAGGAUACGGGACCAGACGGAUCAACCGACACUCUAUGGCUACAUGGUGGAGGAUGUCGCUCCGCCGCUGUGUAGCAAGUUCGCGGAUGUGCCUGUCGCUGCGCCAUCAUCGCAAGAGGUCGGCGGGAGCGGCGGGAGGAAGCGGCAGCGGAGUAUCUCGCUGGACGAUCUGGAGGUGGAGGAUACGCCGGCGGGUCGGGCGGGUCGACCGCCACCCAAAAAGACGCCAGAUCAGCUCUUUGCUGAGAUUGGCGGUGGGGUCGGCGGCUCCUCAACCUCAUUCGCUCGGACCGUCUCUGCGCCGGUCGCCCUCCCUCAGGCUGGUCGAGCGAGUACCAAUUCGACUUCGGCCCUAGCAGCUGAAGCUGCCGCGCGGCGACUCGGACUCGGAACUACCGCGUCCAUGUCCUCCAUCCCCUUCGUUGGCGGUCCCAAGCCCGUCCGGCCCGCUCCUCGCCUCUCUUCACAUGUCCCCAUCCACAAUCCCCUCGCGGAUACCGACGACUCCCCAACCCCACCCACCAACCUCCCCAAUUUCGAUCCGUCCACAGCCAUCAUCUUCCCUGCGGGCUCAUACGAGAUUGUCUUGCUUAUCGAUCAACGGGAAGUCGAGUCAACGACGAGCCGGAACAAGUUUGAAGAUGAGCUUCAAGCCAAGGGGAUCAGGUGCGAGACGAGGACGUUGGUCCUUGGCGAUUUUAUCUGGAUUGCGAGGCGGCUAGAUGGGAUGGGCGGGGCGGACGACGAGGUUGUUCUGGACUAUGUGGUGGAGCGGAAGAGGCUGGAUGACUUGUGUACGUCCAUCAAGGAUGGGAGGUACAAUGAGCAAUGCCAUCGUCUUCAGAGCUCCGCCACUCAAAACAUCUACUACGUGGUCGAAGACUUCCAAGUCACCGAGCGGAUGGAAGUUAACGGACUCCAGAUCCGGACGGCCAAAUCCCAGAUCCAGGUCCAUAAUCGGUUCUUCCUAAAGGAAACGCACAAGCUCAGCGAGACGAUCGACUUCCUCAAAACAAUGACCGAGGUCAUCAUCAGCUUGCACGCACAUACCGAUCUCCACAUCAUCCCCUCGCGCUACCUCUCCCGCUCGACCUUCUCCGCCCUCCAGAACCACCUCCGCUCCAACCCCUCUGUCUCCGCGGCGGGGCAGGCGAACAAGGAACAACGGUCGUACCUCGUCAGCUGGAGUGACCACAAGGAGCUCAAUGCGAAAACGGCCAGUCAGACGCUCGCGAACAAGUUUGCAGAGAUGAUGUUGUGCAUCAAGGGCAUGAGCCAGGAGAAGGUCUCGGCGCUGUUGGAUGUCUGGGACACACCGAGGGCGUUAUGGGAGGAUCUGAAGGUGCAUGCCGCGGCGCCUGUUCAGCAGGAGGAGGAGCAAACGCAGGAGGGCGGUAAGAAGAAGAAGGUGAAAGUCAGGGGGAAGGAUAUGUUCUUUGCGGAUAGGGUACCGGGGGAGGGGAGGAGAAAGAUCAAUGAUGGGCUCAGUAGGGACAUGUACCGCAUUCUGAUGACGGGCGGAGACGGGGACGAUUGA